UUCCUUCAUGGAAAUCAGAGCCACAAUGGCUCACGCCACCUAUGGUCGAUCCUAAAUAGCACGGCCCUAUGCCGUCCCUCCUCGUCAUCGAAGCCUAGCCCUUCUUAGGCUACUUCGUGCGCCGUCCGUGCGCCCUCUCCCGACGCGGUCUCCCAUCGCGCACGCUCUCUCUCUCUCUCAUCGCGCCCCUCCUAUCGCGCCCGCUCUCCCUUCCGUUGCGCACGUCCCCUCUCGUCUUUCGACGCCCUUUUCCUCCUCGCGCGGUUCGUCGCCGCGUCCUCCCGUCGUGCGCCCUCCGCCACCGCGCGCACCCAUUCGUCACGCUCUCACACUACGCGCCUAUUCGUCGCGGCACCCGCGUGCACCCGCCGACGAAUCCGCCCAUCGCGAUUGGCUCGCCGCCGCAACCGCUGCCGAUUCUGCCGUUACGUACGGCUGUCCGCCGCUGAUUCCGCCGCCGCCGCACGCGGCUGUCUGUCACGGAUUUCGCUGCCGUCACGUGCGGCUGUUUGUCGUCGCUUCCGCCGACCGCUCGUGGCCGUCCGUCGCCGCAUCCCGCCUUCGGCGACUUAAGAGCUGCGCUCCACUCACCUACUCUUUUCCUCCCUCUUCCUUCUCCUCCUUCUCCUCCUCCUUUCCUUUUUCCUCCUCUUCCCCUUCCUUCCCCCCCCUCCUCCUCCAUGGCGUCCGAUUCCUCGAUGGACCUCGCCUCCGUCGACUCUCUUGAGUUGCUGCCCGACAACACCGCGGCCAAUUGGCAUUCCUAUGCCCACACCGUCACGGUGUUUCUCUCCUCGGUGACGGUCAACGGCUACAACCUGAAAGCCGUUGUCCACCUCAAGGAGCGCGGUCUUCAGCCUGCCCAACCGGAUGCUCCCGCGGGCCUCGCACCUCCUCCUCCUGGCGAUGCUCCCGUCAGCCCCGGCGAUCCUCCAACUUUCGCCCCUGACGUCAACGACCCUCAGAGCUCCGAGACCGCCAUCCGCACCUAUCGUGCUGGCCUCACCGACCACGUCCGCCAGCAGCUGCUCUACGAGGCUUCCCGGGCCGAGCAUGACGCCGCCACUGCCGCCCACACCACAUACCAUGCGGCGCUCGCGGAAUACGCCAGGCGUGAGUGCUCCUACACCACCGACCUCGCCGCCUAGCAUGUCACUGACCGCCGCGCGCUCACCAUCCUCCUCGCCACCAUUCCUCCCACCCUCAAGCGGGAGCUUGCUCCCACCUCCUCCUCCCACCUCUGGUGGCUCCUCACCGAUCUCUAUGAUCGGCAGGACUUCGCCACCCUCUACUCCCUCAUCAAGGAGUUCCAGAGCCUCACCAUGGACUCCACCACUGGCGCAGCGGCCUUCACUCGUCGCGUCCUCGACUUCGCUCGUCGUCUGGCGGCUCUUGGCGUCCCGUACCCGGACCCAGUUCUCUGCUGCCACCUCCUUGAAGGCUUGACUCCUGCCUUCUGUUGGUGCAACCCUAUGGCUUGCACUCGGCUUGUCGUCCUUGUUUGUGUGUGUGCAUGCAUGGUAUGGAAUGAAUUGUGAGUCUAUGUCAUUGCUAUCUAGUGCUUGUGUGUGUGUUUGAAUGGUGUAUCACAAUGUGGUUUGUGUCGGUCAAGACAUUAGCGAGUUUUUACAAUUCGCAUGUCAAGUCGUCGUUUGCGUGUCGCAUGUGUUUUUUCUAUUUUGUCGAGUGUGAAGUGUCCAUCGCAUCGCAGGUGUGUGCAGCAAGCCCCCAUCAAUUCAAGAAGAAUUGAUCUUGCAGAACCAAGACCAAGAGCUCAAGAUUUCAAGCCCAAGGGACACGGAUAAAUAUUAAAUAGUGAAAAUAGUAACGCUACUUCGUGUAGUGUUACAUUUCACUUGGUGUAGCCCCUUGGAGGGUUUGUUUCGAGACUCUUCAUGGUUGGGGACUCUCUGGUGGUGUACCACCAACCUAGACCUCGGCUCUUGGGGUAUGUAGAGGCUGGGAACCAUCUCCCUCUCGAAUUCUUCUUCCUAAGUUUUUGUACUCCUAAGACUAUAGUGGCUGCUGUACCUCCUGCUAGUAAAACCGCCAUAGCGUC